AUGCCCACCCUGCCCAACCUCAACAGCCUUGGGAAGCUCUGCAGCUCCAGCCGCAGUCACAGCGUGGACCACGUCCGCGUGAAGAGGAAGAGCUCGGUGAAGAGGAUGUCCAUCAUCGAGGACGGACACGUGGCUGAGGUCCUGUACCUCAUUCCCAAACAGUACAUGGAACAGCUGCCCUACCUGAACCCCAACGACUACUACCUGAGCGAGCGGCUCAACGACGUGGCCUCAGGUAGGACAGGAAGGACAAUUCUACUAUUGUACAUCUACAUCUACAUCUAUAUUUCUGUCGGUUUAUUUGACAGGUUCACAUCAGGUGUGUCAGGACCGCGGGUGGGACAGAUGAAAUUAUUCAAUAACUUGUUUUUAUAGAAUCCUUCAUAAAAACGUCUUUUCUCUUAUUUUACUUUUUUUCUCCUGUUGAUGGUCGACUGAUUUCAGCUUUUUAACGGAGUAGAUGUACAGCACGCUGAUAUCAUGUUGGUCUUUAUCACGAUAUUUGAAUCAUUAUAACAGGAUUUAUAAUUAUCUGAUUUUGAAUGAACAUGUUACUCUUAUCGAUGUGUUCUGGUGUCGGUUCAGUAAAAACGGACUCAGACGUCUAUGAUCACAAAAACAGGAAGGAGGAAAAAUCUGCAUGAAAGAAAAAAACACAUACGCAUUUGUUUUGUGUAUUUUCUUGUGUUAUAGACAUGUUUGUAAUAUAGAGAUAUUUGUGUUAUAGAGUUAUUUCAAUUAGGAGAGACAGUCAAAGAAUAAAUAAAAUAUUUAUGAUGAAAAUUAUUAGAUUGACAGAAAAUCUUCGACUCUAUGGGGAGAUUUUUUAAGACGGUGGGACGACCGAUGAGUGAGACGGCAGGAAAAGAAGCUGCUGCUGGUUAUGAUGGUUUUCACAUGAGAGCAGAACAAUGAUUGGCUGAUGGUGAGGGUGUGCUACCGUGCUAUUGGAUAAAGAAAAAGCUAGUGACUGUCUAAUUGACCAAUGACUGCCCUGAAUGAUGAGAAACAGAGACUAAAGCAGCUGUGAGUGAAAAUCGACCUGACUGAACUUCAGCUGGAGAGACAUCUGUGUUAUAGAUGUAGUCUGUUAUAGAUGUAUUUGUGUUAUAGAUGUUUUUGAUGAACCCUUUUCCUGUAAAUUUCACCCUAUUGAAUAAAUUUGAAACCAGUUUCAUAGAGGACGUACAGUUCUGGUGUUUUUCAUGAAAACCUGCCCAGUUGUUUUUAAACAAAGAGGUUGAACUUAAUUUUCCUAAAUGAACUUUUACUGCAGUGUGAACAGAAACAGAAAAAGAGACACGGUGGUAAGGACAGAGUCUGAGGAUGUUUAAACGUUCAUAUCAGAGACGAAGAGUCCCAAAGAUCGUUUUAUGUUUUAUGAACAGACUCAGUUACAAACCCAACAGCCAAUCAGAGCUCAGAACACAUUCAAAGGUGAAAACUUUGAACUCUGGUUUUUCAGACUAAACAUAAAUCGACUCAUUAAAGACGUUGGUUCAGAUCUCAGAUCUGUCGGCUCACAGCCUCUCAGAGUUUUUGAUUUGUUGUUAUAAACACGUUUCCUGUAUGUUGGGUUGUGAUUUCACCUUUGACCUCUGACCUGUGCGAGAAUGAGAGAGUUUCUCAAACAGGAAAACCUCAUAGAGAAAGUCUGACAUGAAUCUCCAUCCUGGUUCUGGUUAUAUAACCUGAAAUAACCCGUAUGUCAGAACAGACCUGCUGCGUUUAGCAGAGCAGCUCUACAUGGACUGACAUGAUGGCUUACAGCAGGAUUACAUGGUGGGCAUGAGGACAAAUGGAGAUUUUCUGACUGUAUGAAUGUCCUGAGCGGCUGCCAGGAUCAGACCGAGCAGAGGAAUCAUCAGGCCCACAAACAGAUCAUCUUCUUCUUCUUCCUCUGCAGUUUGGUUUGACUGAUGGUCCACGGAGAACCAACCGCAGUUCAGGGUCAGAGGUCACAGAGGUCACAGGGGACUGGACUUAUUUUAGAAGUUUCAUGUCUGACAGCUGAGAUAAAACCAGCGGUGACGGCUGAGAAAGAGCUGAGCUCUCUGUUUUUGAGUAUAAGUGCUGAUUUUAUCCAGAGCUGAAAGAGAGAUGCUGCUGAAAACGACAGGAAAGAAGGAGGAGAGUCGGGAAAUCUGUGAAUUUAAAUAUGUGAAUUUAUAUUUUUAAUUCGUUGAGAAAACUCGGCACAGCCCUGCGGUGGACACAUGUUUUUUUUGUAACAGGGAUGCUAAUCGGUGUUUACAGAUGACUGCUGUCCAAGCGGCUCUGACCGUGUUUUAAAACAGGAAAAUGUAAAAAAAGAGAAAAUUAAAUAGAAAAAUAUAAACACACUUAAAAAACAUUAAACAGAAAAAUACAAACAAACAGAAAAAUAAAAACAAAGAAUAAAAAUCUGGAAAAUAUCAACAGACAGAAAAUAAACAGAAAAAUACUAACAAAGCGGGAAAAAAACAAAAAGUAUAAACAAACAGAAUAAGUGAAAAAAAUAUAAACAAAAAAAAGGAAAAAAAACAUGAGUUUCAUCCUCAUACGACACGUCAGCAGGAUUUACAAAAUCUGAACCCAUCAUCCCUGUGUGUGUGUGUGUGUGUGUGUGUGUGUGUGUGUGUGUGUGUGUGUUUUAAUCCCUGGGAUACUGUUGAGUAUUUCCACUCACACAGCGGCUGUUUACGGUAAAUGUGACCUCUGGUUUUAAAGUGUCAGUCAGUGACUCUGUAUUAAAUGCUCACAUGCUAAUGCUAAUGCUAAUAGAGCUGAUCAGUUUGUCAGCAGGUUAUUAAUGGACAGUGGAGACAUGGAUCAUCCACAGGUGAGCCAAAUCUAGACAAAGCUUCCUGUGCUGAUAAUAGGCUUUAGCUUUCAGGAGCUGCUCGGUCCUGCAGCCCCCGCUCAGAUUAUCAGGGAGGCGGGAUGAUGGAUGAAGGUCUAUUCUGGAUUAUUAGCAGGAACAAUAAUAGGACCUCCUCCUGCUCCCCCCUCAGCUGUGAGGAGACAUACCUUUACCUUCACUGAGCAGACUGACGUUCAGGACAACAGCAGCAGCAGCUUUUAUCAAACUGUUUAUCCGUUAGAAUCCUCCGUCAGUCCGAGGGCGUCUGGCUGUUCCGGUUAUUUUCCUGUCCUCGUUUAUUCUGUCGGAGAGUUUUGUUCAGGUGGUUGUGAGGAAGUUGAACCAGGAUGAAAAUGUCGUUAAAAUAUCUUUACUGAUGUUCAAACCUGGGUCAGCGUGUCGUUAGAAGAACGUUCAGGUUUUUUAAUCUCUGAGAAACUUCAAACUCUCAACCUGUAGAACCAGCUGAACCCGGUAUGUUCUGAGGUCAGAACCAGAACUGUAGAAGGGAACAUGUCAGAGAGGAGAGGAAACAUGAGAUAGGAAACAAAGAGGAUAGGAAACAGAGGGUAGGAAACAAAACGAAGGAUACAAACCGUAAUCUGAGUUGAUUAAUCCUGCAGUAAUCUGAGGUUAUUAAUCCUGCAGUAAUCUGAGGUUAUUAAUCCUGCAGUAAUCGGAGGUUAUUAUUAAUCCUGCAGUAAUCUGAGGUAAUUAUUAAUCCUGUAGUAAUCUGAGGUAAUUAAUCUGCAGUAAUCUGAGGUUGUUAAUCCUGCAGUAAUCUGAGGUUAUUAUUAAUCCUGCAGUAAUCUGAGGUUAUUAAUCCUGCAGUAAUCUGAAGAUAUCAUUAACCCUGCAGUAAUCUGACUUUAUUAAUCCUGCAGUAAUCUGAGUUAAUUAAUCCUGCAGUAAUCUGAGUUUAUUGAUCUGCAGUAAUCUGAAUUUAUUAAUCCUGCAGUAAUCUGAGGUUGUUAAUCCUGCAGUAAUCUGAGGUUAUUAUUAAUCCUGCAGUAAUCUGAGGUUAUGAAUCCUGCAGUAAUCUGAGGUUAUCAUUAAUCCUGCAGUAAUCUGAGGUAAUUAUUAAUCCUGUAGUAAUCUGAGGUAAUUAAUCUGCAGUAAUCUGAGGUUGUUAAUCCUGCAGUAAUCUGAGGUUAUUAUUAAUCCUGCAGUAAUCUGAGGUUAUUAAUCCUGCAGUAAUCUGAAGAUAUCAUUAACCCUGCAGUAAUCUGACUUUAUUAAUCCUGCAGUAAUCUGAGUUAAUUAAUCCUGCAGUAAUCUGAGUUUAUUGAUCUGCAGUAAUCUGAAUUUAUUAAUCCUGCAGUAAUCUGAGGUUGUUAAUCCUGCAGUAAUCUGAGGUUAUCAUUAAUCCUGCAGUAAUCUGAGGUUAUCAAUCCUGCAGUAAUCUGAGGUUAUUAAUCUGAAGUAAUCUGAAUUUAUUAGUCCUGCAGUAAUCUGAAGUUGUUAAUCCUGCAUUAAUCUGAGGUUAUAAAUCUGCAGUAAUCUGAGGUUAUUAAUCCUGCAGUAAUCUGAGGUUAUCAUUAAUCCUGCAGUAAUCUGAGGUUAGUAAUCUGCAGUAAUCUGAGGUUGUUUAUCCUGCAGUAAUCUGAGGUUAUCAUUAAUCCUGCAGUAAUCUGAGGUUUAUUAAUCCUGCAGUAAUCUGAGGUUAUUAAUCUGCAGUAAUCUGAAUUUAUUUGUCCUGCAGAGAUCUGAAAUUGUUAAUCCUGCAGUAAUCUGAGGUUAUCAUUAAUCCUGCAGUAAUCUGAGGUUAUCAUUAAUCCUGCAGUAAUCUGAGGUUAGUAAUCUGCAGUAAUCUGAGUUUAUUGAUCCUGCAGUAAUCUGAGUUUAUUGAUCCUGCAGUAAUCUGAGGUUGUUUAUCCUGCAGUAAUCUGAAUUUAUUAAUCCUGCAGUAAUCUAAGGUUGUUAAUAUGCAGUAAUCCGAGGUUAUUUAUCCUGCAUUUAUCUGAGGUUAUCAUUAACCCUGCAGUGAUCUGAAAUUGUUAAACCUGCAGUAAUCUGAGGUUAUUAAUCUGCAGUAAUCUGAGGUUAUCAUAAAUCCUGCAGUAAUCUGAGGUUAUCAUUAAUCCUGCAGUAAUCUGAGGUUCUUAUUAAUCCUGCAGUAAACUGAGGUUAUUAAUCUGCAGUAAUCUGAGGUUGUUAAUCCUGCAGUAAUCCUGCAGUAAUCUAAGGUUAUCAUGAGUUUAUUGAUCCUGCAGUAAUCUGAGGUUGUUAAUUCUGCAGUAAUCUGAGGUUAUCAUUAAUCCUGCAGUAAUCUGAAUUUAUUAAUCCUGCAGUAAUCUGAGGUUAUUAAUCUGCAGUAAUCUGAGGUUAUCAUUAAUCCUGCAGUAAUCUGAGUUUGUCAUGACCCUUCACAGUUGUCUCUCUUUUUGAGGAAAGGGCAGUUGGAGCUCAGGCUGUUGAAAUUUCUUCUUUCUCUAUUUUUAAUCUCGUUUUCGCUUCCAGAUUAGAGGAAAAAACCUCUUUUUUAAACCCCUGCAGAAUGAGAAGGAUCCAGCAGGGGGUGCAGUCGAGGCAGCAGCGUUGACUGUAUCCUGAGUGUUUGAUGAGCUGACUGUAGCAGCAGAGGAGGAGGAGCUGCUCCUGCUGUUUCUUCCUCUCAGAGGAUGGAGGUCUGGAUAAGUCAGGUCUGAGGAGGAGCUGCUGAUGGAGAUUUUCAGUUUGACCUUCUCCUGAUCCUGAUCCUAAUCCCGAUCCUGAGUCUGAGUCUGAGUCUGCUUUACCUGAACCCCAGUUUUUCUGCUGUUCAGACACUCUGUGCUACUGCGGAGGAGAGCAGACAUUCAGGCCGGAGGGAAAGAUCUGAAAUGAUUCUGUAACUCUGUAAAAUUACAGAUUAAAAAAAGAGUUUGACCUCUGUAACAACAGCAGCUGUAGGCUCUGUAGGAGAAGAGUCCUGCUGCCAAACUGACACUCGUUAAACAUUAAAUAUGGACUUUUAAUGAUUUGAAAACCACCACGUUUUCAUCAACACUUUACAGCCGACAGGGUUCAGGAAAAACAAACCAGGACGAUGAAAAAGCAGAAACAAUAAUAAUAAUAAUAAAAAUAAUAAAAAUCAAAGUGAAGCUGAGCGUCUUUAAACUCGACAGUAUUUACUCAGUUUCAUGUUUCAUGCAUAAGUAUGAACAAAGCAGAGAAUUACUCUCUGUUUCCUCUUUUGUUGGAAACUCUCAUGAAUCUUUCAUGAUGAAAUGUUUUUUUAAUUCUCCUCCUGCAGUUUUAAUGGUGAAUAUUCUGCAGCGUUCAUGCAGCAGCAGCAGCAGCAGCAGCGGCGGCGGCGGCGGCGGUCUGCAGUAAACCUCUGAUUCAGGAUCUGCCGUGUUCUCUGCAGGAACCUGCUCUCUUCUGAUCCCUGUAAUUGGAUUUCAGAAGAUCCUCUAAAGUUAUUAAUAAAGGGCUCAUGCAGCAGAGCUCAGUACGAAGGACCGUGGACCUGAAAUGCCCCCCACCCCUUCUGGCCUCUGCAUAGAGGCCUCAUACAGAGAGUGACCUGCAGGGGGCGUGAGAGGGUGCAGAGCAGUCAGUCUAAACAGUAACACAAUCUGCUACGAAGGACGCAGUUAAAGUCUUUUUCUUUGUUUCUGUUUUUUUCUCAGUGGACUGAGAUGUCGGAGUUAGGAUUAGUCAAAGAAGUUUGAGAUUAUCUAGGGGGCGCUGUGGAGUCAGCUCCAUGUGGCAACUUAAAAAUGCUUUGCAAAAAAAAACAAAAACAAAUAACAACAAGUACACUUUCAUUAAGAAGACUGCAUGACUUUGAUAAUCCGAACGUAACGACAGAAAGAUCGAUGUAAAGUGACAGAGUGCUCGGCAGUCAUGCUGUUAUUGUUGUUCUGACCAUCUUUUCAUGAGUUUGAGCGAGUCGUUUUUUUGGCGAGGGAGACUUUGUAGCUGCUGCCUGAUGGGAUGGAUGGGGUUGCCUGGAAUUACUUUGGCUGUCCUUUUAACCGCUGUACCCGGGUACCUGACGGCCUCCACCUGCUUCACCGUCUCCUCGCUCAGCCUCAGGGGCGCAGAGAGGUGGACCCGGUCCAUGAUUCUGUUUACCUGCUGGAAAGAGGCCGACAGGUAUGAGGGGUCACAUGAUCUCCGGGUAACUUUAACCUUUGACCUCUGAGUUAUGACCUGGUGGUCUGCUGAAAGGAGGAUAAACAUGCUUUCAUAUCCAGAGAGGAAGACGAAGAAUAGACCGUUUUAUUUAAUAACUAUAUAUCAAUAAAAAUUACGACGAUAAUAUAGAUUAUAUAUAGUUAUGUGUGAUUAUUAUAUCGACAUUUGCAGCAGGUUAUUUUGGAGCUUUUUAAGCUGCACUGAAAAAAUGAAAAAUGACAUUAAAAUUUCACCUCUUAUAGAUUUAUCUUUAUUAAUUUAUCUGUUAUUUUUGUAACUGCAUUUUUGGACUCUCUGUCUGUGAUGCUGCUGUGACAAAAAAAUUUCCCCUAUGGGGAUCAAUAAAGGAAUAAUCUAUUCUAUUUGAAGUUUUAAAGGUUUUCAGACUGAAUUAUUUUAAUUUAUUAUUAAUUAUUUGAAUUUAUCUCUGUUUUAAAGUGAUAGAAUCAGUUUUAUUCCAUAAAACUAAAAAAUAAUAAUAAUCAUUAAAAAUACUCCCAGAGGUCAAAGUGGUGGAAAUAUGUUCAGGACCCAUCGAGGUUUCGUUAUCCUCUUAAUUUUAAUGAGACAGCAGAAGAAGAGUUUCAGACGGAGGCUAAAACAAGAAUCUUUGAAUAAACUGAAUUACUUUUAUUCUGAAAAUCAGGGAAAAAGAAUAAAGAGGAAGUACCAAAGUAUAAAAUAUCAGAGAUAAAAAAAACCAACAGGACUGAAGGUCGUCUACGUUUCUGUACACUGCUCGUCUUUUAAUACACUCUAUGUGUUUUAUUUCUAUAACUGAUGUUCGUUUCUGUUCCAUGUGUCGACGCCGACCUGCUAAUGGGACUGGGGAUGGAAAUUAGCCACCCAGAUAUAAUCUCGUGUGUGUGUGUGUGUGUGUGUGUGUGUGUGUGUGUGUGUGUGUGUGUGUCUGAGCCGUUUGAAGGGUUUCUGCUUUUAGUCUCACAGAGGAGCAACAACAACAGCGACGGCAACUUGCAUGUUACUGCAACGAGGAGGAGGCUGACACAAAGGGGAGGAGAGACAGGGAAGGAAGGGAGGAGAGAGGGGGAGAGGGAGGAGGAGAGCGGGGGAGAGGGAGGAGGAGUUUUCAAAAGAGGAGGAGGGGAGGAAAGCUGACAAUCAGGAGGCAAACCCCACGCUGAAGCUGUUUUCAGGAGGAGAGCUGAGCCUCCCUCCCUCUCUCUCUCUCUCUCUCUCUCUCUCUCUCUCUCUCUCUGUGUCUCUGUCUCCGUCUCUCUCUCUGCCCCCCCCCCUCGGUGGCGUCUCCUCUCCUUUUAGCUCCUCACUCUCUCAGUCUUGCCUCUGUAAAGGGAGCAGCAGCUUGUGUGUCGGUCUCCGCAGUUCGAUCUCUGGAGCAGAUUAAUCUGGAGUCCGAUGGUCAUGGUCAAAGAAAAAGGUACUGAGCUCUGUGUGUGUGUGUGUGUGUGUGUGUGUGUGUGUGUGUGUGUGUGUGUGUGUGUGUGUGUGUGUGUGUGUGUGUGUGUUUGCAGUAUAAAUGUGUGUGUUUGCUGUGUUGCUGAUGCUGUCUGCAGUGUCUCCGCCUGGUUCUGCAGCUGUGUCUCUCUCUCUCUCUCUCUCUCGGUCGUCUGGCUGCUUUAAUCACCUGAUCUUCUCAGGUGUUUGUGUGUGUGUGUGUGUGUGUGUGUGUGUGUGUGUGUGUGUGUGUGUGUGUGUUUUCAGACUCUCUAGGGUGUGUAUUGUGUGUGUGGGUUUAUUUUUGUACUCUCUGAGGUGUCGUCUUGGAGUGUGGGGGUGUUUUUGGUGCAGGAGUCGGACUGCUGACUGUGGUUGUUCAUCUUGAAGGUUUUCUGCUACGCCCUGAUCUCAGCACUGAUGCUGGGCCUGGAUCCUGCUGGAUCCUGCUGGAUCCUGCUGGAUCCUGCUGUAUUUGUCAGCAUUAGUCUUUGUGUUGAUGUGUUUGGGAUCAUGUGGCGUGCCGAGAGGCGUGCUGUGAUGUCAGAGGCGUGCUGUAUGUGCAGGUUAUUCAGGUUUAGAGGGUUAGAUAUGGAGAAAGUGGAGCAGUGUAGAGACACACACUGCGCAGAGCCACAGACCCGCACUCUCUCUCUCCUUCUCGCUCCCUCUGUCUGCAGCCGUUGCCAUGGCGACCAUCGAAAGGUACCCUCCAUUGUUGUCAGCUGUGGCCUCAUUCAUAGUGUCCCCAUAACAGCGGGAAAGGCUGCUGUUUCCCGCCCUGUGGGUGAGGUGGUCGCCCAGCCGAGUGGGACGAAUCAGGAGGUCCCGUUUGGCAUCUACGACUCACGGCUCACGGUUCACGGCAUGGUCGUGGUCGUGGUCGUGGUCGUGAGGGUGACGAGUGUUUGUCAGUAUGACUCACAGCCAGCAGAAACAUGAAGACAGUUUUCUGAAACAGAGACCUGCUGUUAAAACUGAAGUCAUGGACAUCUGAGGGUCUAACCUCUGGAGAAGGUGAAUUUAACCCAGUAUGAACCCAGCAGACCAGGUUCUGGAGACCUCAGUGAACCCAGCAGACCAGGUUCUGGUCCCAUUCUGGCCUGAUAGAAGAUUUCAGCUGCUCCACGGGUCAGGGUCUCCUUGGUCCUGGUUCUUGUCCCUCUAGUACAGAGGUUUCUUCAGAUCCUCUCAAGAACUUUAUUCUGGUGACGUGUUCGCUGAUGCUGUCUCUCACAGCUGUUAAUAAAUUCAUAUGUCAUCGUUGUUGUUGUUGUUGUCAUUGUUGUCGUUGUUGUCAUUGUCGUUGUUGUUGUCAUUGUUGUCUUUGUCAUUGUUGUUGUUGUUGUCAUUGUUGUUGUCAUUGUUGUCAUUGUCAUUGUUGUUGUUGUUGUCGUUGUCAUUGUUGUCGUUGUCAUUGAUGUCUUUGUCGUUGUCAUUGUUGUGGUUGUUGUCAUUGUCGUUGUUGUCAUCGUCGUUGUUGUUGUCAUUGUUGUUGUUGUAAUUGUUGUUGUUGUUGUCAUUGUUGUCGUUGUCAUUGUUGUUGUUGUUGUCAUUGUUGUCGUUGUCAUUGUUGUUGUUGUCGUUGUCAUUGUUGUCGUUGUCAUUGAUGUCUUUGUCGUUGUCAUUGUUGUGGUUGUUGUCAUUGUUGUUGUUGUCAUUGUUGUUGUUGUCAUUGUUGUUGUCGUUGUCAUUGUUGUCGUUGUUGUUGUCGUUGUCAUUGUUGUUGUUGUUGGUUCCCUAACUGUAUUUGUUGGUUGUUAUUUAUUGUUCCAGAUUUUUACUCGUGUUGUUUUAUCGCUCCUUUUGUUGCUCCUCUAAUCCUUUGACCAGGUCGUCCUUGUAAAUGAGAUCAUGAUCCGAUGAAAUAAAAGUUAAAUAAAAGUUAAAUAAAAGUUAAAUUCAAGUUAAAUAGAAAGUUUAAUAAAAGUUAAAUAAAAGUUAAAUAAAAGUUAAAUAAAAGUUAAAUUCAAGUUAAAUAGAAAGUUUAAUAAAAGUUAAAUAAAAGUUAAAUAAAAGUUAAAUAAAGGUAAAAAAAAAAGAGCAGAGAUUUUUUGUCAAACGCGUUUCAGUGUAAAAUAAAAACAGACUUUUUAAACCGUCAAACCGCCUCGUUAGCGUCGACGUCCUGACUCGUGUUGACUCAGGUUUGUGUAUCUGUGCUCGCCGUAUUUAAGAGAUCAGGUCUGAAUUAAAGAGAUCAAUAAGUCAAUAAUUGAUCCGUGAGCCUCUUGUUAGUGCAUUAACUUAAGCUGAUUGGUGUAUUUCUCCUGUUUCCAGCUGGAGUGGAGUUUGUGUUCGGUGUGUGGGUUUGAGAUAUUUUUAAUCUGCUCUGAAAAUAAAAAUGCUGUUUGCAGAGACGUGUGGAGGUUUGUUUCAUGAGGACUCGACCCACCACAACACAAACAGGUCAUGUGGUCCCUGCACUGGCAGAACAGCCCAAACCCCUGGCCACCACAUGUUCGACUCCCACAAUCCCUCUGAAAGUUUCCAGGGACCCAGCCCGCCGCCUCGCCUCGCCUUGCCUCGCCUACUCAGGGUCUGUUUUUGGCAGGAGGGUUUUGAGGUUUGGUUUUUUCGUUCCUCCAAACAGAGAGCUGCUCGCACUUCCUGACUUCAGGUUUCUUCGUGUUUCCUCAGAGAGCUCAUCCUGCAGCCCCUCACAGGCCAGGUGGGCCGAACGCCAUCACAGCUGAGCGAACACUGAGCCGACUGUACGCUCAGAGUGAUGAAUCAUAUGAAAGAGAGUGCAGCGUAAGCGUUUGUCUGCGUGAGAAAGGGCGGGCGAGCGAGCGAGCGGCUGUCCUAUUUUCACAGCGCCAACAGUCAAAGCACAGACAGCGCUUCUUCUUCUUCUGCACAUUUUACAGACCAAUGAUUAUUUCAAUCCUCACUCUGCUGUAAAUGAUCAAUCUGAGAAUUUACCUCCACAACACACUACAACUCCCACAAGUCUUUGCAACUAGACUUUUUACAUCAUAGUCUGAUGUUUUGAUCCUUCCUGCCUGCCGUAGUUUUGCAAAGUGCUGCAGAGAUCUGCAGAGGAGGAUCAUCUUUGAGGUCUGACUCCGUCCUCAUUAUCACCUUCAUCAUCAUCAUCAUCAUCUUCAUCAUCAUCAUCAUCAUCACCUUCAUCAUUAUCAUCAUCAUUACCUUCAUCAUCAUCAUCACCUUCAUCAUUAUCAUCAUCACCUUCAUGAUCAUUACCUUCAUCAUCAUCAUCAUCAUCAUCAUCAUCUUCAUCAUCAUCAUCAUCAUCAUCUUCAUCAUCAUCAUCAUCAUCAUCACCUUUAUCAUCAUCAUCAUCAUCAUCAUCAUCACCUUCAUCAUUAUCAUCACCUUCAUCAUUAUCAUCACCUUCAUCAUCAUCAUCACCUUCAUCAUCAUCAUCAUUUCCACCUUCAUCAUCAUCAUCAUCAUCAUCAUCAUCACCUUCAUCAUCAUCAUCAUUUCCACCUUCAUCAUCAUCAUCAUCAUCACCUUCAUCAUUAUCAUCACCUUCAUCAUCAUCAUCAUCAUCAUCAUCAUUUCCACCUUCAUCAUCAUCAUCAUCAUUUCCACCAUCAUCAUCAUCAUCAUCAUCACCUUCAUCAUCAUCAUUUCCACCUUCAUCAUCAUCAUCAUCAUUUCCACCAUCAUCAUCAUCAUCAUCACCUUCAUCAUCAUCACCUUCAUCAUCAUCAUCAUCAUUUCCACCUUCAUCAUCAUCAUCAUCAUCAUCAUCACCAUCCCCUUCAUCAUCAUCAGUGCUCAGGUUUGUUUACUGACACACUCAGAGGUCUAGAAAAGACUGACACUUGUGUGUGUCUGUGUGUGUCUGUGUGUGGGGGUUGUCUGUCCUCCCUCCGUCUGUGUCUUUACUGUGUGUCUCGUACAGAUCACAUGUUUUAUGUGUUUUAAUUGUUUUUAGGUGUUUUUAGUGUUUUUACCCUCUCAGUGGAUUUGAAUAGAUGUCAGGUUGUUUAUUCUGGAUUAUCAUGACCUCCUAAUCUGAAGAGUAAUCUGGAUUUCUUUGUUACCUGUUGUGAAAAAAUGAACCGAUCUCAUAGUUCGACUAAAGUCGCAGUGAAACUUCUCACAGUGGGACUGACACACCUGGACGAAGUAGAUGUGGAUUCUCUCUGUCAUGUUUUCGCCUUGAUCCUCUGUGGUCACACGGCGGGCUCUGAUGAGUAAACAGACGAAGACGGGAAAACUGAAACAGUGACUCAUCGUUUAGUCUGCGUCAAAGGUCGACCAGGAGCUUGGAGACAGAACAAACAGGAGGAAGCCCAUACUAUCACCAUGGUAACUAACCACAUAUAGCCACAUUGGCCUGUAGUAUAUACACUCACCGGCCACUUUAUUAGGUACACCUGUCCAACUGCUCGUUAACACUUAAUUUCUAAUCAGCCAGUCACAUGGCGGCAACUUAGUGCAUUUAGGCAUGUAGGCAUGGUCAAGACAAUCUCCUGCAGUUCAAACCGAGCAUCAGUAUGGGGAAGAAAGGUGAUUUGAGUGACUUUGAACGUGGCAUGGUUGUUGGUGCCAGAAGGGCUGGUCUGAGUAUUUGAGAAACUGCUGAUCUACUGGGAUUUUCACGCACAACCAUCUCUAGGGUUUACAGAGAAUGGUCCGAAAAAGAAAAAAUAUCCAGUGAGCGGCAGUUCUGUGGGCGGAAAUGCCUUGUUGAUGCCAGAGGUCAGAGGAGAAUGGCCAGACUGGUUCGAGCUGAUAGAAAGGCAACAGUGACUCAAAUAACCACCCGUUACAACCAAGGUAGGCAGAGGAGCAUCUCUGAACGCACAGUACGUCGAACUUUGAGGCAGAUGGGCUACAGCAGCAGAAGACCACGCCGGGUGCCACUCCUUUCAGCUAAGAACAGGAAACUGAGGCUACAAUUUGCACAAGCUCAUCGAAAUUGGACAAUAGAAGAUUGGAAAAACGUUGCCUGGUCUGAUGAGUCUCGAUUUCUGCUGCGACAUUCAGAUGGUAGGGUCAGAAUUUGGCGUCAACAACAUGAAAGCAUGGAUCCAUCCUGCCUUGUAUCAACGGUUCAGGCUGGUGGUGGUGGUGUCAUGGUGUGGGGAAUAUUUUCUUGGCACUCUUUGGGCCCCUUGGUACCAAUUGAGCAUCGUUGCAACGCCACAGCCUACCUGAGUAUUGUUGCUGACCAUGUCCAUCCCUUUAUGACCACAAUGUACCCAACUUCUGAUGGCUACUUUCAGCAGGAUAAUGCGCCAUGUCAUAAAGCUGGAAUCAUCUCAGACUGGUUUCUUGAACAUGACAAUGAGUUCACUGUACUCAAAUGGCCUCCACAGUCACCAGAUCUCAAUCCAAUAGAGCAUCUUUGGGAUGUGGUGGAACGGGAGAUUCGCAUCAUGGAUGUGCAGCCGACAAAUCUGCGGCAACUGUGUGAUGCCAUCAUGUCAAUAUGGACCAAGCUCUCUGAGGAAUGCUUCCAGCACCUUGUUGAAUCUAUGCCACGAAGAAUUGAGGCAGUUCUGAAGGCAAAAGGGGGUCCAACCCGUUACUAGCAUGGUGUACCUAAUAAAGUGGCCGGUGAGUGUAUAUACAUAUAUAUAUAUAUAUAUAUAUAUAUAUAUACAUAUAUAUACUACAGGCCAAAAGUUUGGAAGCAGGAUCAGAUUAGUACAAACAAAGAUCAUAGUUUCAUAAAUAUAAAUUUAAACACAGUUACCAUGACUGUUGUGUAAAGAGUAACUGAUCUGAAGACAUUCUGACUCUAAUUCUGAGGUAUUUGAGUUUUUGUUGUUAGACUUUCUUUAAAGUUACCUCCUCUGGCUUUAACAACAGCUCGGCAUAUACCAGGUACCAAGUUUUCUAAGGUCUGUUCCAGGGAUUACAUUCAAGCUUUCUUAAGAUCAUUAAAAAGAGACGCUGAUUCAAGGGACGAGUUUUUCUGACCGAUCGAUCCGAUUCAUCCGCACAAGCUCAACUGGAGAAAGGUCUGGAGACUGAGGGGUCCAAACCAUCUUUUGAAGAACACCUUCCUCUUCUCUUUUGUCUCGGUAACCCUGACAGAGCUCGGCAGAGAGCUUAGGGUCAUUGUCUUACUGCAAAACAAACUUAUGAACCACAAGUCUGAGUCCAGAUGGAGCAGCAUGGUGCUGGAGGAUGGAGUGGUACUGUUCCUUCUUCAUGACACCCUUUACUUCAAACAAAUCUCCUCCUCCAUCACCUGAUAAACAUCCCUAUACCAUGAACUACCACCUCCAUGCUGAAUUGUGGGUGUAACACAUGGAGCUUUCAGACGUUCACCAGUUUGUCUGCAGACAUAGACUCUGAGUUUGGAACCAAACAGUUCAAACUUGUUUCUCGUCAUCAUAAGUCCAGUUUUUGUGAGCUUUUACCCACUCAUAUCUCUUUUUCUUCUUCUGUGGAUGAAGUCGUGUUUUUUUGAAGAUACACAACCCUUCAGACCAGCCUUUCUCAAACGUCACGGUUGUCAGAGAUAUGGGUUUCGACCUUGUCAUGUUGAUUUCCUCCCUUAUUUGUGGUGCUGUCUUUCUCCGAUCUCUCUUCCUGGUGACGAUGCUCUGUUUAUCCUCUGCUUUUGUACUGGUCUGUUAACAUCGAUGUAUAUCUAAAGGUAAAUGGAGUAAAAUGUGAAUCUC